CCCCGCCCGCUCUGCUCCGGCGCGGCGACGGCGGCGGGCGCUUCCGCCUCGCGGGCCCGGGCCGGGUGCGAGCGGCCCCCGCGAUGUGGCUGGGUCCCGAGGAGGUGCUGGUGGCCAACGCGCUGUGGGUGACGGAGCGGGCCAACCCCUUCUUCGUGCUGCAGCGGCGCCGGGGCCACGGCAAGGGCGGAGGCCUCACGGGUCUUCUCGUGGGCACCCUAGACGUGGUGCUGGAUUCCAGCGCCCGUGUGGCCCCUUACCGCAUCCUGCACCAGACCCAGGACUCGCAGGUCUACUGGACAGUGGCAUGCGGUUCUUCCCGUAAAGAGAUCACAAAACACUGGGAAUGGCUGGAAAACAACUUGCUACAGACACUGUCCAUCUUUGACAAUGAGGAAGAUAUCACCACUUUCGUCAAGGGCAAGAUACAUGGUAUCAUUGCAGAAGAGAACAAGAACUUGCAGCCCCAGGGAGAUGAGGACCCUGGAAAAUUCAAGGAGGCUGAGCUGAAGAUGCGGAAGCAAUUUGGGAUGCCUGAGGGUGAAAAGCUGGUUAACUACUACUCCUGCAGCUAUUGGAAGGGCCGAGUGCCCCGGCAGGGCUGGCUCUACCUGACUGUCAACCACCUGUGCUUCUACUCCUUCCUGCUGGGGAAGGAAGUGAGCCUUGUGGUACAGUGGGUGGACGUCACACGCCUAGAGAAGAAUGCUACCCUGCUCUUCCCUGAGAGCAUCCGCGUGGACACCCGGGACCAGGAGCUCUUCUUCUCCAUGUUCCUUAACAUCAGUGAGACCUUCAAGCUCAUGGAGCAGCUGGCCAACCUGGCGAUGCGGCAGCUGCUGGACAACAAGGGCUUUCUGGAGGACAAGGCCCUUCCCAGGCCCAUCCGGCCACACAGAAACAUCUCAGCUCUGAAGCGAGACCUAGAUGCCCGAGCCAAGAAUGAGUGUUACCGGGCCACAUUCCGGCUGCCCAGGGAUGAGCGACUGGAUGGCCACACAGGCUGCACCCUGUGGACACCAUUCAACAAGGUUCACAUUCCAGGCCAGAUGUUCAUCUCCAAUAACUAUAUCUGCUUUGCCAGCAAGGAGGAGGAUGCAUGCCAUCUCAUCAUACCCCUGAGGGAGGUGACCAUUGUUGAAAAAGCCGACAGCUCCAGCGUCCUGCCCAGCCCUCUGUCCAUAAGCACCAAGAGUAAAAUGACCUUCCUGUUUGCCAACCUAAAAGACCGAGAUUUCUUGGUUCAGAGGAUCUCCGACUUCCUCCAGAAAACACCAUCCAAGCACCCAGAUGGAAGAAAAGCCAAUGUUUUGGACCCAGAGUCUCUCCCAGCUUCUCAGGAGGUUCCAGAACUGCCCACCAGCCCAUCCUCUCCUCUCAGCAGCUACCAGAGUUUCACUGCACAGGAGGUACCAACUGCUUCCCAGGGCCUGCUCAAAGUCUUCCAGAGAAACUCUCCCAUGGAGGAACUUGGAGCCAAGGGGGCCAAAGAGAAGAUGAAGGAGGAGUCAUGGAACAUCCACUUUUUUGAGUAUGGACGUGGUAUGUGCAUGUAUCGCACGGCCAAAACACGGGAACUGGUCCUGAAGGGCAUCCCUGAGAGUCUCCGAGGAGAGCUUUGGCUCCUCUUCUCUGGGGCCUGGAAUGAGAUGGUGACCCACCCUGGCUACUAUACUGAGCUAGUGGAGAAGUCCAUGGGGAAGUACAGCCUGGCCACAGAGGAGAUUGAACGAGACCUCCACCGCUCCAUGCCUGAGCACCCUGCUUUCCAGAAUGAGCUUGGGAUCGCUGCUCUUCGUCGGGUGCUGACUGCAUAUGCUUUCCGAAACCCCACCAUCGGCUACUGCCAGGCAAUGAACAUCGUGACCUCAGUGCUCCUGCUCUAUGGCAGCGAGGAGGAGGCCUUCUGGCUCCUGGUGGCCCUCUGUGAGCGGAUGCUGCCCGACUACUAUGACACCAGGGUGGUGGGAGCCCUGGUGGACCAAGGCAUCUUUGAAGAGCUCACAAGGGAUGUCCUGCCUCGGCUGUCAGAGAAGAUGCAGGACCUGGGGGUGAUCUCCAGCAUCUCACUCUCCUGGUUCCUCACCCUCUUCCUCAGUGUCAUGCCUUUUGAGAGUGCCGUGGUCAUUGUUGACUGCUUCUUCUAUGAGGGCAUCAAGGUGAUCCUGCAGGUGGCCCUGGCCGUCCUGGAUGCCAACAUGGAGCAGCUGCUGGGCUGCAGUGAUGAGGGCGAGGCCAUGACCGUACUGGGCAGAUAUCUGGAUAAUGUGGUCAAUAAGCAGAGUGUCUCUCCUCCUAUUCCACACCUCCAUGCCCUACUGACCAGUGGAGACGACCCUCCUACAGAGGUGGACAUCUUUGACCUCCUAAAAGUAUCCUACGAGAAGUUCAGCAACCUGAGGGCCGACGACAUUGAACAGAUGCGGUUUAAGCAGAGACUGAAAGUGAUCCAAUCCUUGGAGGACACAGCCAAGAGGAGUGUGGUCCGAGCUAUACCAGGGGACAUUGGUUUCUCAAUCGAAGAGCUGGAGGAACUUUACAUGGUGUUUAAGGCCAAGCACCUGGCAAGUCAGUACUGGGGCAGUAACCACACAGCAGCCAUCCGCCGGGACCCCAGUCUGCCCUACCUGGAGCAGUACCGGAUCGAUGCAAGCCAGUUCCAGGAGCUCUUUGCCAGCCUGACACCAUGGGCCUGCGGCUCUCACACACCUGUACUGGCAGGCCGCAUGUUCCGGCUCCUGGACCAAAACAAGGACUCACUGAUCAACUUCAAGGAGUUCGUGACAGGGAUGAGCGGGAUGUACCAUGGGGACCUUACAGAGAAGCUCAAGGCACUGUACAAGCUGCACCUUCCCCCAGCUCUGAGCCCAGAGGAAGCCGAGUCAGCCCUGGAGGCCACCCAUUAUUUCACAGAAGACAGCUCCUCAGAAGCAUCUCCUCUGGCCUCAGAUCUGGAUCUUUUCCUGCCCUGGGAGGCUCAAGAAGUACCACCACAGGAAGAGCGAGAAGGAAGUGGAAAUGAGGAUGUUCGAGAAAAAAGAGGAGAGGAGAAGGGCACCAGCCCUCCAGACUACCGACACUACCUUCGAAUGUGGGCCAAGGAGAAAGAGGCUCAGAAGGAAACAAUUAAGGAUCUUCCCAAGAUGAACCAGGAACAGUUCAUUGAACUGUGCAAGACACUAUACAACAUGUUCAGCGAAGACCCCAUGGAGCAAGAUUUGUACCAUGCCAUCGCCACUGUGGCCAGCCUCCUCCUCCGCAUUGGCGAGGUAGGGAAGAAGUUCUCAACCCGGACAGGCAGAAAGCCCAGGGAUGGUGCCCACAGCGGGGAUCACAACAGUACCACAGAGGAGGAAGAGCCACCAGCACCUGAGCUCCAUCAGGCCAUACGGGAGCUUCAACUGCCAGCUGCAGGGGACCCCCAGGCCAAGGCUGGUGGAGACACCCACCUUGGGAAAGCACCACAAGAAAGCCAGCUGGUGGUAGAGGGGGGCAGCGGCGAGGGGCAGGGCUCACCCGCCCAGCUUCUGUCUGAUGAUGAAACCAAAGACGACAUAUCCAUGUCCUCGUACUGUGUCAGCACAGGCUCCCUGCAGUGUGAGGACCUUGCAGAUGACACAGUACUGGUGGGUGGAGAGUCCGCAGUCCCCAGCCGCCUCACGUGUUGGGGCACUGUGGACACAGACUGGUGCAUCUCCUUUGAGCAGAUCCUAGCCUCCAUUCUGACGGAGUCUGUAUUAGUGAACUUCUUUGAGAAGAGGGUUGACAUUGGACUCAAGAUCAAGGACCAAAAGAAGGUGGAGAGACAGUUCAGCACCUCUAGUGACCAUGAGCAGUCUGGGGUUUCGGGCUGACCUCUGCAGCCGCACUGCUGUUGGCUGAGGCCCUCAGAAGUAGGGGGCCAGCCUUGGUCUCCUCCUUCCCUUCCUGUUUUCUCCUUUCACCCCUCUCAUUCUCCCCAGAAGCAAUGAAUUGUAAACACAAAGGCCAAUGCAGACCCAGUUGCCUUAGACGCAUUCCCGGGCCUGUCCAUCCCAGUGCCCAGGAAAAGACUGGCCACUCCACCUCCUCUCUGCCUGGUGGGAACCCUCCUAGAGCCUGGCUGCCCCUCCUAGUGUUAGAGGCUCUCAGAUCUGCCCAUGCUUGCCUCACAUCCUCACAUCCCAUGCUGUGCUCAGGCCACACUGGGUCCCUCCAACCACAGCCAUCUUCAUACAGCUGUGUGGCCCAGACACCAACUCUGCCACUUGGCACCAGGUAGGAAGGUCGUAAACUUAUCAGGUUUCAAAGUGAUGGAACUUCCAAGUACUCUCUGGAGCCCUUAAGCCCGAACCUCCUGACUGGGGAACUCAGCAGAAAAGGUCUCUUGCAUAGUGGUGGGCGCAUUAACCUUACAUGCACUUUUGCUCUUUUGUCACCAUUAACUCUGAAAGCACAUCCUCAGGUCCUCAUCUGUUUCCUUGUAUUCAUUUCAGUUGUCUAAACAUCACACUGUGCUCAAUGCCUUAAUCCCUCAAAUAAAAAAAAAAAUAAAAUCCACUGCGUACAGUG